UAACAAUAAGCAAGAAAAACUGUGGCAGGACUGUAGGAUGAUUGUUAAUUUGAAGAUCAUAUUAUGGAGCAACAUUAUGUCUGUCUCGAGCUCAGACAUGAAAACUAAUGGUUUUAAGUUGAUGAGAUUGAUUGUUGAUGUUGGUGGAGAAGCCUUGAGAAUAACAUUGAGGAAACAACUGUCAGGUACUGAUUUAUUUAAUGUUUUGAAUGAUCCUGAAAAUACACAACUACUUUCAAGUCUGAAGAAUAGACAAAUCCAGCAACAUCAGUGGGAUCUACUAUAUCCUGAUCUUCCAAUAUUACCAAAUGAAAAUGAUUUUGACAUUACUUUACUUUGUAUUCUCCUGCGUAAUACUUGUGAUUUAAAACCACCACGUGAUCCAAUAUGGACGUCAGUAAAUAACCCCAAUGAUCAUUCAACUGAAGCAGAUAUUACCCGUAUCAGAUUAUUUCGUAAUGAACGUUUUGCUCACUUAACUAGCACUUCAGUAAGCUUUGAUGAAUUUGAAAAUCAUUGGCUGGAAAUAAGCGAACCAUUAGUUCGUUUAGGAAUAAGUCAGAAAGAAAUAGAUAGAUUGAAAAAUGAGUUGUUUGGUAAUGAAGAAUGUGAAAGAAUUUUGAGAGAAUGGAAUAGAUUAAAGAGCGAUUUAACUGAUAUUAAAACUGAUCAGAGAGGUAUUAAGAAAGUAGUGGAGGGUGUAGAGAAAAAUUUACAACAGGUAAAAGAUUUUGUCACAGUAAUUAAAGACGAAGUUUAUGAAAUGCGACAUCACCCUCACUUAGGUCCAGAAGAAGAUAUUUUGACAAAAAACCUUGUUAGCUGUAAAUUUGAAAGUGAAAUUAGAUUGGUUUGA